CACGGUUUGCUACUUUUACUUUAUUUUCGUACAUGAAGUUCAAUUAAAAUUAAUAAAGGGUGAAAUUUCCUAAUUCUGUUUUGCUUUUGCAUUUGCUCCAUAUUUUGUUGGUGUUGUUUUUACAGAUAUUUUCUAUUUUAGUGUGUAGUGUGAAAUCGCAAUAAUUAAGAUCUACAAUGGUAGUAUUCGCUUGUAAUUUGUGUGGAGCAACUCUAAAGAAAAAUUCUGUUGAUAAACACGUUUAUCAAUGUCGAACCCAGUCAGUGUCUUGUAUGGAUUGUCAGAAAGAUUUCGGUAUGAAAGAGUACAACGGGCACAUAAAAUGUAUCACUGAGGCUGAAAAGUACGGAGGAGGAGACUGGAAGGCCCCGUCUAAUUUCAAGAAGGGGGAAAAGAAGCAGCAAGCUUGGGUCGACACGGUCAACGCCACCUUACAACAAGCUGGAGGAAAACUAAAUCCCCCCUCGAGGAAUCUGCUCCAAACGCUGUCUAAACAUGAUAAUGUGCCUCGAAAAAAACCAAAGUUUUUGAAUUUUAUCAACAACAUUGCCAGGAACAGAUUUGAUUCAAACACGCUGGAGAAUGUAUGGAAUUUGCUAGAGGAACAAUGGAAAUCUCAGGCAACGUCAUUAUCAGCAGGGACUGCUGCUGCUGGAGGUGGAGGAGAUGAAGAAAAAACAAAGGUCGACGUCAAGGUGGCGAAUGGAGUGGCUACUGACGAAGCAGAAACGAUAGCCCCCAAGAAAUCUAAGAAAUCAAAGCGUGCAGAUGCAGAGGAAACUGAAACGAUAGCCCCCAAGAAAUCAAAGCAGGCAGAUACUGAGGAAAUAGAAACGAUAGCCCCCAAGAAAUCUAAGAAAUCAAAGCGUGCAGAUGCAGAGGAAACUGAAACAAUAGCCCCCAAGAAAUCUAAGAAAUCAAAGCAGGCAGAUGCUGAGGAAAUAGAAACGAUAGCCCCCAAGAAGUCUAAGAAAUCAAAGCUGACAGAUAUAGAGGAAGCUGAAACGAUAGUCCCCAAAAAAUCUAAGAAAUCAAAGCAGGCAGAUACUGAGGAAAUAGAAACGAUAGCCCCCAAGAAAUCUAAGAAAUCAAAGCGGAAGGAGCUUGAGAAUCCGGAAUAAACUGCCUAUUUUCUGCUGCGUUUUUAUAUUUAUUUUAAAGCUUAAGUGCAAGUAAACGUAAUAAAUAGUGUGACUUGAUAUGCAAA